UAGUGUUGGUCUCUUAAUUCCAGAACUAUGGGGCCAUGAAAUAUUUCUUCAAGAAGUGUCUAUGUUCAUUAUGAAACAACUAUCAUAUGCUCAGUUUUCUAGUCUGCUUAAUGAUUAUGUUGAAUCUGAAUUUUUCCUGAUUGAUGGUGAUUCCCUAUUGAUAAGUUGCAUUUCUGAUGAGACGCUACAGAAGGGACAGGAUCUGCACUUCAUUUUCUUGGUUGAACGAUAUUUACAGAAUCUGACCACGAAAGGAGGAAACUAUGUUAUUGUUUUUUUUACGGAGGCAGAAUAUUUGUAUUUUGAUCAACCUGAUAUAUUGAUGAUGCGUGCACAGCUCAUACUUCACCUGAAAGUUAACACUCAUACAUCUAUACAUACAGAAUACUCAAACUUUGAGUCUGCACAGUGGAACGUAUUUCUUAAAGACAACUGCCCACAUUUUUUGCUUGUGUCUGAUGAAGGACUGAGCCCUCCUCAAACCUAUUUUUUGCAUUUGUUCAUUCUUAAUACCCUUGGAAGCAAAGUAAAUGUAGUACUGACAUCAGGUCAGGAGAAUGAUGUACUCAGAGUGUACGGCUUUCAUGUAAAUUCCUACGAAGGUCACCAACGCUUCAAAAAUGUUCAUGCAAAGAAGAUUAAGAAGGUUUGUCAUGCGCUGCUUGCGUCAUAUAAAGGGACAUAUGAGGAUGCAUUGCUAUUAUUACUGAAACAUUUAAGUGCCGAAAACUUGCAGAAAGAGGUACUUAAUAUGAAACUUAAGAUUGCCCGUUUUAUGACAAGGGAGUCAGACAUACGUGAAGUUGUGUGUGUUGCCUCAUGCUCCAUGGCACUUAGGGCAUACGCUAGUCUAAAUAACCAGCAAAGUAAUCAAAACCCCAGAAACCAGCAGAAACAUUUUCAUGGAUUGAGUACACUUGAUCAUACCGAUGUGUCAGUUACCCAUGUUGAUACUAUCACUAGGGACCCAAUUGAUUUUGAACACAAUUGUGACACUGUCACACUGCAACAGUUGCAGAUUGAAUCAAUGGGUAACUCGGGUGGUCGCAACAUGGGUCCCAAAUUUAAGGAGAAAUCCAAAUUUUACCCUAUUCAAAACAGGGGAUCAGUCAUUGAAACUUUCUACAACAGGGUUGAAAAGGAUCUUUUACAACUAAAGGCCAAUCAACCCCCAAGUAAGUUUAAUUUGUCACUUGCUGAGAAGAGUGCUUUGGCCUCUCUUAAAGAGGAUAACAGUCUGGUGAUUAAAAAUUCUGAUAAAGGGGGAAUGGUUGUGGUCAUGGACCGACAACAAUAUAUAGAUGAAGGCCACAGACAAUUAUGCAAUGAGAACAAUUACCUAGUUUUACAAAGGGAUCCCACCACUCACUUUCGUUCCAAACUAGCACAUCUUUUAGAUGAUGGAUUGGAACAAGGUUUUGUGGAUCAGGGAGAUAAAACCCCAGAUGCCAACAAAGAAAUGGCAGAAAUCAAUACAAUGAAGCCUUCCAUGCAGGAUUCUUUUGUCGACUCCACUCCACUAACUAAAGCGGACCUACAUCUACUUGUCUCCAAACAAGAUAUUACUAAUAGUUUUGAUAAACUCUGGGAGAAAUUGGAUUCCAUGCACACCUUCAUGACGACAAGUCUGAAUGAUAUCAAACAAGAAAUUAAGGACCUAGGUUCCAGAGUAGAAACACUGGAGGAAAAUAGAGACAACCUGGUAGAGGAUGUUGAAAUGACAGUCCAACAAGUAUCAGAGCAACAGCAGGUAGUAACCGAUUUGCUGGACAAGAUCGAAGAUAUGGAAAACAGGAGUCGAAGAAGUAACAUCCGUCUUAAAGGAAUUCCUGAAUCGAUUACGGCAGCUGAAUUGCCUUCAUAUUUACAUCAAUUGUUCUGUGCAAUAACAGGGGUAGAUCAGUCAACGGAAAUAGAGAUUGAGAGAGCACAUAGGGCUCUUAGACCCAAACCCAAAGCUGACAACCCACCUCGAGAUGUUAUAGUGGCAUUCCUGAGAUUCCCAGAGAAGGAUAAGAUUCUCAAAGAGGCUGCUAAACAACCAACUUUCAAGUUUCAAGGAAACGUUGUACAUUUCUAUCAGGACUUGAGCACUAGGACACUCCAACGGAGGGGGACUUUGCGUCCUCUCACCUCUCUGCUUCGAAAACAUGGCAUCCAGUACAGAUGGGGUUACCCCUUUGCUCUACAUAUCUCUAAGGACAAUAAAAUCCUCACAAUCAGAGAUGUUAAUGGGAUAUCCGAUAUAUGUGAAGCACUGGAUCUGGAAACACCAAACCUGCCAGAGAAAUCACAGAUGGAGGAGACUCUAACAGCUCAACAGGCGAAACUUAAGUCUCAGAAGUCACAAUGGACUAGAGCCCCGAGGAGACGACAGAAGAAUAAUUCUUUAUACAAUGGCAAGAAAGUUUCCAAAUCGGAACAAACUUCCUGUCUCCUGAAUAGAUUUCUGGAGGAAGCCACUCUGCCCCAAAUUGACCAACAAGAUUUGGCAACUCUUAACUCAGACAUCAGUGCAAGUGAGGUAGAGAGAGUUAUCCAAGAUCUGAAACCUGGAAUGAAGGAAAUUCGAGGAGAGAUUAAUAAAGAGUAUACAUUUUUGUGGACUACUGUGCUGAAGUUAGCUGAGUUGGAUGAAAAUAUAGUCCUCCAAUCAACAUCGAACACAUUCCUUAAAAAUGAUUCAAAAUUGCACGAAAAGAAAGUGAAUCCUUCACCAGGUCUGAUUGAAGUUCGUUCUGACAUAGUGAAAGAUUUUGCUGGAGACGUUUUGAAGGAUCUUCCAUUUUUAAGCAGGGAGGACCCAAGAAUGCGCUUGUUCACCAGAAGAAAAUCGUAUGAUGAAUUGAUACAUUGGCAUUCAGGAAAACCUCUCAGUGAUGAUUAUGACAGAACAAUGAGCAACUUUGCUGAAAUCAAAGAUGAAUAUGCACUCCGGGAUUACCAGAAGUUACAUGCCUAUUAUUGUUUCUAUGGGCAAUCUCUAGAAGGAAACAUUUCUAAGACAAUAGUAGUGCAAAAGGAUAAGCCCACAAAUAGUGCAGCAUCAUGGAUACCUGGGACAUCAGAGAAGAAAAAAACAAAUCAUGUAUCAAAAAAAGAUCUGAUUAAAGAGGAAAAUCAAAAGAGACUUUCAGCACAAAAACAAGAAAAAGAAAUAAACCAAUGGAAGGUAAUUUCUUCAUCUAUUCAUGAGAAAAUCCGAAGAAAUUUAUCUUCAGGGAUAAAAAGACAAGAAGAGUUUAUUGCGGCUUGCCAAAAUGAUUUUGUGAAAAUAACAUCAGAAAUGGAAAUGAUAGAAGCUUGUUUUUCCUUAUGGACUGAAAAUUGCACAGCUAAAGAAAAAGGAAACAGAGACUUCAAUAUUGUUGUGGAACUAAUGAGAAAAAUCCAAUGCACCCUCAAGAAUUACCAGAAGGUGCUUUCUCCUGAAGAUCAGAAAAGGAUAGCCAGGUUCCUACGUCAUAUUGGAUUUCAGAAUUUGUCACUCCUAAUAGACCCUUACCAGGACAGUAAAUGUAAGCAAAAAGGUACAUAUUCUCUUGAUAUAGGAGCUGCACGCUUUCAGCUACAGUAUAUGGGUCAUUACCUGACAAGGAAUGAAAGGCAUGACCCAGACCCAAGAGUACAGCACUUUAUACCAGACACAUGGCAGCGGGAACUUCUUGAUGUAGUUGACAAUAAUGAAUCCGCAGUGAUAGUUGCGCCUACUUCUUCUGGGAAGACAUAUGCAUCAUACUAUUGCAUGGAAAAGGUCUUAAAAGAAGGCAAUGAUGGAGUUGUUGUGUAUGUUUCUCCUACAAAGGCACUUGUAAACCAAGUUGUAGCUACAGUCUACAACCGAUUUAAUAAGCAUCUACCAAAAGGAUUGGCGCUCUGUGGUGUAUUUACAAGGGAUUACCGCACUGAUGCCCUCAAUAGUCAGAUAUUAGUUACUGUUCCACAGUGUUUAGAAAUUCUACUCUUAGCUCCACAUCGACAGAAGUGGGUGAACAGAAUUAAAUAUGUGAUAUUUGAUGAGGUCCAUUGCUUAGGAGGUGAAAUUGGUGCAGAAGUGUGGGAGCACCUACUUGUUAUGAUUCGAUGCCCAUUUUUGGCUUUGUCAGCUACCAUAAGUAAUCCAGAACACCUUGCAGAGUGGCUACAAUCAGUGAAAUCUCAAUGGGAGUGCAGUGACAAAUUGUUACAGCAAGAUGGCCGCUCGAAAGCAGCUAAGAAAGGGGAAAAGGGAAAAGAAGAAAAAUCCUAUAAUGUUCGGUUAGUAAUAUAUAAUGAAAGAUACAAUGACCUGGAAAAGUAUGUGUGUUCUGCGAGAGAUUCUGAUAUAACCUUUGAUCACUACCAUCCAUGUGCUGCAUUAACAUUGGAUCUGAGUAAGAAGUAUGGAAUACCUGCUGAUCUUGCCUUUUCUCCACGAGAGAGUGUCCAGUUAUAUGAUGCUAUGGCAAAUGUAUGGCCAGAAUGGCCAAAUAAAGAGGUCCCUGACAGAUGUUGGUGUAUCAGUCACACCUUAGAAGCUGUUCCUGCCCUGCAGCCGGAUCCACAGCGUCCUGAGCAGCGGAGUGGCAUGCUGCUUGGAGCUGCUGCUUAUGGUAUUUAUUAUCCUGUCAACUGGAUGUCGGAGUUAUCUAGUUUCUUUUCAAUCUGGUUGCUAUUGGGAGCUCCUGGUUUCGGUGUGGAUAAUGCUGUCCAGGCCGUGCCUCAGUUACCUCCUCAAAUGUCCCAUUCUAUUUCACAUGAAGUGCCCUGUGGUUCCUCUCAGCCUCCUUCUGGGGGUGUUUACCUAUGGAUUUUGCUGCACAAAUAUCAUCUGCUGUGUCUGCAGCUUUAUCAGCAUUUCCGGUUUCUGGUAAGAGGAAAUCCAAGUAAAUUAAUACUGAAAGUAGACACCAUGGCAGAGAAAAGAGAAGAUGUUUGUAAUGAGCAAACAAGCAAAUUAAGUGCAAGUUCAGAAAAAAAGGUAAAAGAGUUGAAGAAGCAGAUGUCCAAACAGACACAACCUGAAAUAAAGAAAACUCAAUCUUUAAAUCCAUCUGAAGACCUACUGGUUAGUGAAGCUAGUCAUGAAGAAAUUAUACAAAAGCUUGAAAAGAUGACUGAAAUUCCUCCAGAUUGUACAUAUGCUAAUAAUACAGCGGUAGACAAAGAGACACUGUUGAAAGCUUUUCAUAGAGUUAGAUUCUUGAGAGACCACCUGGAAUUGAAAUCUUUAGCAACACGAGGCAUUGGCUAUCACCAUGCGUCUGUACAUAGUAAAGGAAGGCAACUGGUUGAAAUGCUGUUCAGAAUGGGCUUUUUAACGGUUAUAACAGCUACUGGCUCACUAGCCCUGGGAAUCAAUAUGCCAUGUAAAUCUGUUGUCUUCAUGCAUGACUCAGUGUAUUUGGAUGCCCUCAGCUACAGACAGAUGUCGGGCCGUGCUGGAAGGCGUGGUCAGGAUUUGAUAGGAAAUGUCUUUUUCUAUGGAAUUCCAAUGCCUAAAGUAAGGAGGCUUAUCAAAGCAAAUAUUCCUCAGUUGAAAGGCCAGUUCCCUUUAAGCAUAUCCUUUAUCUUGAGAAUUAUGCUACUUGCAGCAAAAGCAGAUGACAAAGAAGAUGCCAAAGCUAAGGCAUUAUCAUUACUGAAGCACUCAUUUAUGUCAUUCAAUCAACCACUUACAAAGAAAAUGUUAAAACUGUACUUCCUGUUCUCACUUCAUUUCCUUGUUCAAGAGAAACUUUUGGAUCAUGAUGGAAACCCAAUCGGAUUUACAGGAUUAAUAACCCAUUUACAUUAUCAUGAGCCUUCAAAUUUUGUGUUUGUCAGCUUUCUUGAAAAGGGGCUAUUUCGUAAACUGUUACAAUCAUCAGGAUCAACUAGAUUUUCCAAAACUACUAUGGAAAACUUAGUGCUCGUAUUGGCAAACAUUUUUGGAAGAAGGUACCUCCUUCCCUUUAUGUCAAAACUAAAGGGCACAUUUUCCCAGUCGAAGGUUUUUCUUGAGACCCUCCCACAGGAUUUUGCUGAUGCACUUCAUGACUACAAUCAAAAAAUAAGAACAACCUUUGCACACUGCCUUCUCACAGUUGGCAAGCAAGCAGAUAUGAAAAAAGAAUAUGAGCUUCCCUUGUCGAAAAUCAGUUUUGAUGGCACAGAAUGUAAUGAUUCAGAACUGGUAAAUCACUUGAUGAAUUGCAGUGAAAGCAGAAGUGCAAUCUCACCAUUUGCAUGUCUGUCUGGAAAUACAGAUCAUGAUUUUUUUCAUACUGAUGAUCCGGAUAAUCUUUUGCUUCAAAAAGUGAAAAUUAACACUAAAAACAUCCCUAUACUGAGACUGGAGAAAAAAGAUGCUUUGGGAAGAAAAAUGCCUCUUAAUGCUUACAUACAUGAUUUCUUCAAGCAUGGGUCUUUGGCGGCAAUGGCAAACGAUAACAUGAUCCAUGAAGGGGAGGCCUACCAGCUACUCAGAGAUUUUCUGCUUACAAUCAAAUCUAUAAGUGUUUCGUUGGAGGAAAUGUGUAAAGAGAAGAACUCACUUGUUGUAGCUUUCCAGAAUCUCUGCUACCAAUUUCAAGAUAAACUAAAAUCUUCAGAAAGAAAAUGAUUCCAUGUAUACAGCUCACAAUUCUGUAUCACUUCUUCAUAAACCAACAUGUUUUAGAGAAUGUCAUUUUUUAAUAACUAAUAAUGACUUUGCUUUAUAUCAUCAGUUUUACUGUUUCAAUUAUAAUAAAUUUUAAUAAUAUAAUAUGA